ACAUAUCCAAUUCAAAUUGAAACGGUUGAAAAAACCCUAAGAGAAAUAAAAACUUAUUUAAAAAAGUGUUUAUGAUAAGAUUUAAUUUCAAAUAUGUGAACAAAGAUUCGGAUUAAUUUAGCGUACGACCAGAUCAAUUUUAUUUAUUUGUCUAGUUAUUUGUUAUACUAAUUAUUAUUAAAAGGAAAUAAUUUAAAAAAUGUAUUUUCAAGUAUCCCCUGCGUUCAACAAGCCCAAAUCCAAAAAGGCAGCAAGUAAAAUGGAAGAGGAAAUUCCCACUUUAACAUUGGCCCCUUUUGCACCAACUCCUAAAUUGGCUUUUCAAGAUGUUACCGUUAAUGUUAUGCAUGAGAUUAAGCUUCAUGUAGUGAAUAAGAAACCAGUUCCAGUAUUUUUGAAUGUUUGUUUUGAUGGCCCAGAAGAUUUAGAAUUCAGUCAGAGUUGGUGUGAACAAAGAAUUGAAGCGAAUGAUACCAAGUUAUUAGAAUUGUUUUGGUUUCCAACAUCUGAAUAUUCUGAAAGGCACAGUAUCAAGUUGACCGCUGCCAAGCAAUUGUGGCAUAUACCAAUUACCUUUAAAUCGGUUUUACCCAAGAAAACGAAAAAGAAAAUAGCUACUACCUUGUUGAAGAAAACAUCACCAUUAAUAGAGAAAAAUUCUAGAAAUCACACUCAAAAACUAUCUACUGCAUCUUCUAAGCCUCCAAUUAAGAAACAACCAAUAUGGAACGACAAACCAUAUAUUCCAAAAAAAAUUUCUACUAACAAAGAAAACGUCAAUAUGUCCAAAUAUGACGAUUUUGGUUCUUCUAACAUAACAUUCAGUCUAAAAACUCCAGAAAACAUCCGUAGGUUCACUUAUGAGGUGAAUAAACUUAAAUUUGGAACACCGACAGUAUCGUCUAAGUUAAAUGGAAACAAUGUUACAAAUAAUGUUGUGGAAAAUCCUCAGGUCAUAAGAAAUUUGUCAUUUGAGAUGAAUUGCGAGGUGCAGCCCGGUAUGAACAUUAGUUCUCAGACUCGCAUUCUUGGCAAUUUAAGCUCUGACUCAUUUCAUAUUGAUCUGGAUGGAAAUACAUUUUUGAAGAGUAAUAUUAGCACUGAGACCUAUAUAAAAAAAGACAAGAAUAAUGCAUUGAAUGAGGGUAGGUUUUCCCUAGACUCACUUGAGAGCUACCCUAUUCAACCAUCACGUUUGAAUGAGAGUUCAAGGACCUAUGUGAAAAAUGAUUCAAGCUUUCGACUGACGGGGCUUGAUUGUAGUCCUAAUAGUUUUAGCGAAAAGCUUAAACAACUUGGAGAGCACAAUCUGAGCACAGAUACUUACAUUAAAGAAGAAAGAAUUUUUGGACAGUUUUCACCAGGUAGAGAUUCGAACUGUUUCAGCACUUCUAGAGAUUUCCUUUCGAAUUUGAGCGAACGCCUGGAAUGUCGGAGGAAGUACUCAAAGGAGUACUUAAAUAGUACCGAAUUGUUAAGUAGCCAAAUAUCACCAAAGAAAGGAAUCGAAAUCUAUCCUAUUAAUAACAUUGUACCCACUAUCAAAAUCACAGACGAUGAUAACUUAUUUCCAAUUAAGGAAGAACCUACCGAUGAAUCCAUGAGAAGAACGCAAACUAAAAGAAAAUCCAAUACGAAAUUAAUCACUCCCUCCCCUUUCAAACGACCAAAUAUAUCCCUACAAACCUGGUCUAAAGCAGGAGGGGUCUUUAAGACUCAAGCAAGUGCUUCAAGGACUACCCAACUGAUGACCCCAAUACAAAAAGACAAGAAGAAGCAUUCAAUGGGUGGUAGCCUUGAAAAAGCCACAGGUAUAACAUAUGUAGAGAAAAAGACUCUUACAAUUGCAGAUCCAUUCAUUUUGGCGGCAACAACAGAGAUCGAUCCUUUCGUAACAAAUACCAUCUGCCUAGAUGAGGAUUGGAUUCAACGACAAGAAGACAGAUUCAAGAACUGGCUAAACAUGCUUUUGACCCCACCUGUAGACCUAAAUGUUUCUGACGAAGGUCAGCAAAUUGACGCGGCCAAAAUUUGGAGAGAAUGUUCAAAGAAAGAAGUGGCAGCUGCGCCAACCAAAGAGGAAGUUUGUCUUAAAUACCACACCUCGUCUAGAAUGGACUCCUUGAGGAGGUGCGCUAAUGAAUUUUACCACAGUGAUGAUAUACAGAGUGUUCUACAAAGAGUAUAUAACGCCAUUGAGAAAAAAAAAAUCGAGAUAAGACAAGAUCGCAAUGUUCACUUGGACCUGAGCCUCCAGUCGAAUGUAAUGUCCUUACUCUUAAGCUACAACCCAUUAUGGUUAAGGAUAGCAUUAGAAACCAUAUAUGGUGAACAUUUGAAGAUUUCUUCGAACUCCGAUUUGUUAGGGCUGAGCAAAUUUUUAUACACAAGGUUUUUCAAAGAUCCCCUAUUGGCAAAGAAGCAUAAAUCAGUUCAUAACCCUAAAUAUAAUGUCGAUAUUAAGAAAUUCAUGUUAAAGAAAUAUUUCUCGAUCGUUUACUUCCUGGACAAGGCCAAAAUGUCUACUCUGAUUUCACACGAUCCCUGUUUGUUCAGAAAAAAUUCUAUUGUCAAAAACAGCAGGGAGAUGCUGAUUCAAUUCACAAAAGACGCCAUCACAGCUGCUGUGGGCGACAUUACCAAGUAUUUGAAGCACUUUGGGUAUUUUGUAGAAUACAAUCAGUCUUAUAUAAACGAGUUUGACUAUGCAGUAAAUAGUUUGGGCGGUGAUUUGAGAGACGGCAUCCGUUUGGUGAAGGUCAUGGAGCUGAUUUUGUUAAGAAACGACAUCCUACAAAACUUGAGAGUCCCUGCAAUAUCCAAACUGCAGAAGAUUCACAAUGUUAAAUUGGCUUUUGACUCUUUAGCUGAAGCAGGCUACAAAAUACAGCAUGAAAUAGAACCUUACCACAUUGUCGAAGGUCACAGGGAGAAAACCCUGUCUUUCCUUUGGCAGAUUAUAUAUAAAUUUCAAGCACCAUUUGUCGUCGAAACGUCUCGUAAUAUACAAAAAUGGUGGAGAAGUCUUCCGGUUUGUGUUAAAAGAUCGAAACUUAGAAGACAAUACCAAGCGAAGGUUGCAGCAGCUACUAAAAUUCAAAGAUGGUAUAAACGUCAAAAAGCAGCAAAUGAGUUUCUAUUGAUGGCUUCUUUCCUCCGAUCCUACUUCGAACAGCAGAGGAAUGAAAGAGCAGCAACUAAAAUACAAGCCUUCUACAAGAUGUAUAGGCAACGGGAGACUUAUUUAAGGACAAGAUUUGCUAUAAUAAAACUGCAAAGACGGUGCAGGUUGUGGCUAAAUAAUAUUUGCUAUAGACAAAGACAAAGUGCUGCUCUUGUUAUACAAAAGAACUUCAGAAGAUGCUUGGCACGAAACAGGUUCCUGCUCAUGAAGCACGCAGUUUUAGUUAUCGAAAAGUAUGUAUUGACUAAAAAGGUUAUGCUCCUCGAGUAUCAGCAAUACUUGCGGAUUAAGAGUGCUGCUAUAACAAUACAAAGAUGGUAUAAAGCUUCGAUUCAAAUGAGAGAAACACGUACUGAAUAUUUGGCGUUGAAGAGUGCCGCUUGUGUGAUACAGAACAGAUACAGAAGUCUGUUAUUGAUGAGGAAUGCUUUGAAUGAAUAUACAACUGUAAAAUAUUCAACUAUCGUCAUUCAGAGGUGGUAUAGGUCAAUUCAGAAAAUGCGGCUAUUGAGAAAUCGCUUCUUGACUGUAAAACAUACAGUGAUUAUUAUAGAAAAUCGUUAUAUAGCUCAGAGAGAGAUGAGAAAAGCCAAGACAGAAUUCCUACAACUGAGAUAUAGUGCCAUUGUAAUACAAAGACAUUUACGAGCCACAUUAGCAAUGAGGAUAGAUCGCACAUAUUAUUUGUCCUUGAAGAAAUCUGUGAACUUAGUUAAACAAAAACACAUGGCAAACAAGAUGAUGUUGAGAGAUAGAGAAAACUUUAUUAAUCUCAAGAAAACUGUCAAUUUUGUGAAGACCAAGUUCAGAGCAACAAUUCUAAUGAGAAUCGAAAGAACCAAGUAUUUACAAUUGAAAGAAAGCACUGUUAUCAUUCAAAAUUACUUUAGAAGAUACCUGUUUGUUAAAGAAUGUAGAAAAAAUUUUAUGAAUUUGAAAAGGAGUACUGUGACAAUUCAGCAAAGAUAUAGAGCCUAUAAAUUAAUGUGUUCAGUUAAAAAAGAUUAUCAAAACCUCAAGGAAGCUGUGAUAUUUGUACAGAGGAGACUUAGGGCAAACAAUGCAAUGAAAAAACAAAGAGAAGAAUACCAAAAGUUGAAACUAACAGUCAAUUUUAUGGAAGAAAAAAUAUCAGCUAACAAGAAAAUGAUGAACAUUAGAGACGAAUACCAAAGACUUAAAAAAUAUACAAUUAUCAUUCAGAGAAUUUACAGGGCCAAGAAAAUGAUGAGAAUCGAAAAAUCCCACUAUUUACAAAUAAGAAUGUCAGCUAUUAAAAUACAAAACUAUUUCAGGGGAUACUUAGUAAUGCAGAAAGAAAGGCAACAAUAUUUAUCAGUAAAAACGAGCGUUUUAAAAAUUCAACACAAAUUUAGGGCCCAUAGAAAAAUGCUUCAAACAAGAGCAUAUUACAUCAGACUUCAACAGGCUGUUUUGUUCAUUCAACACAGGCUUAGGGCUAACAAAUUAAUGAAACAAGAAAAAGACCUCUACAUUGUGAAACGGAAUUCUUGUAUCAUCAUACAAAGAUAUUUUAGAAGUUACAUGUUGAUGAAAAAAGAAAGGAAAGAUUAUCUAGAAAUGAGAAACAGUGCCAUAACAAUUCAACAAAGAUAUAUAGCAUACAAGAAAAUGUGUAGAGAAAGAAAGUACUAUGAUUUAUUAAAGAAGGCUGUAAUUACUAUUCAAACCAGAUAUAGGUCCAAUAAACUCAUGCAAAAGCAGAGGAGAGUGUAUUUGGAACAAAAACAAUAUUGUAUAGUUAUACAGAAUUAUUAUAGAAGUUAUUUGUCGAUGAAAAAAGAACGACAAAGUUUUUUGAUCUUAAAAUCAAUGACAAUAUUUGUGCAAGAAAAAUACAGAGCAAAAAGAGCCAUGCUUGAGUGUAGAGAAAGUUAUCUAAGACUGAAUCAGAUGGUUUUGGUUGUACAAAGGAGAUUUAGAGCCAACCAAGCAAUGAAGGUGCAGAGAGCCCUCUUCUUAAAACAGAAAAAUGCCGCUAUCCAAAUUCAAAAAUACUUCAGAGGGUACCUACAGAUGAAACAAGACAGAAGUGGUUUCUUAUCUUUGAUUUCCUGUGUAAGUUCCGUCCAAAGGUUUGUUAGAGGAUAUCUGACGAGGAAACACUACGCUCACUUGUUGUCAGCUGAGGCUAGGGAAGAAAGAAGGAUGAAUAAAAUAAAGGAAGCAGCUGCAACAAAAAUACAGGCUCGUUGGAGAGGAUAUAUACAGAGACAGAAAAAUAACAAGGCCCUACAUGAGAUCAGAAAAAGAUCUGAAAAUGCUGCAAAGGAGGCUGAUCCCCAGGAGUCUUUGGGAAGUAGGGGCAAAAGAGCAUUGGACAUGUUGGUUACUGAAGUUAUAACGGUACCAUUGAUCAUCUCAGCUCUCACUGACUUCGAGUAUGUUACCCGAAGAAGUCCUGAGAUGUGUAAUGAAAUGGGACCCUUGAUAUCUGAACAGCUUUAUGUUCUGAUACAGUCAGUGGGGCGGUCAUUGCCAGAUAUCAAGAUGUGCGAAAUCUCUACCUAUAUCCUUAUUAAUAUCUGUAAAUAUGAACAAACCAGGACUUGUUCUUGGUGUCCAGGGUAUUUGGAUAGCAUGUUGAAAAUAAUGACGCAUUGGUGUGACAAAGACAAUAUGGCAUUCCCAAGUCUUUGUACCCUGUUCUGGCUUUUUGCCCACACCGAGGAAUACAAGGAAACCAUUCUGAAGUUGCCGAAUUUCAAACAGAGAAUUGAGAAGAUACAUAGCUUGGUUUUGAGAAAACAAAAAAUGGUUGUCAAAUCCUCGAGUAAAAUGUUAGAUUCUAGGUUUGUAGCUAAGAAACCUCUGUAUUUACCGGGUUUGAAGCCAGAUUGGGGAUUCGAUUAUCCCACAAGACCCAGAUUGUUUACGAAUUCCGUCCAAGCUAUAGAGUGUUUGAAAAAAAUUUUAGGAUUGUCUCAGUAAAAUUUCAGCAAAUGAUUCUGUACCAUAUUUUAAAUGUAAUUUUUAGUUGAAAUUUUAUCAGUGUGAUAUUGUAAUGAUUGUUUUUAGCCAUAAGUAUACAUACAUAUAUUUUAAGCUGUUUUGACUUAAUAAUCAUUUCCUUUCAAAGCCUGUUAUUUAGUUCUAUAGAAUUGCCUGUAUAAACGUUUUUAUAUGGAAAGAUUAUUGAAUAAAACAAUGACAAAUAA